AUGAUGACGGCUCCGGUGUUGGCUUUGCCAAAUUUUUCGGAAGUAUUUGUGGUGGAGUCAGAUGCAUCGGGUUAUGGGAUUGGUGCAGUUCUGAUGCAACAACAACGACCUAUAGCUUAUUUCAGUUCGGGAUUGACUAAGAGGGAGCAGAUCAAGCCAAUCUACGAAAGGGAGCUGAUGGCUAUAGUGUUGGCAAUCCAAAAAUGGAGACAAUAUCUCUUAGGCAGAAGAUUUGUAGUGCAUACAGAUCAAAAGAGUUUGAAGUUUCUAUUGGAGCAGAGAGAGGUCUCAAUGGAUUAUCAGAAGUGGCUUAUCAAGUUACUUGGGUUUGAAUUUGACAUCAUUUACAAACCGGGAGUAGAAAACAAAGCAGCAGAUGGGUUAUCUCGCAUAGUUCGAGAACAAGAAGAAGAGAAGAAGGAAUAUACAGUAGUGGAAGGAAGACUGAGGAAGAAUGGAAGAUUGGUGAUUCCGCGAAAUUCUUCUCACAUUCCGCUUAUACUUCAAGAGUUUCACGCGGGAGUCAUAGGUAGACACUCAGGAGUUCUUAAAACAAUGAAGCGGAUACAGAACACGUUCUACUGGAGGAAGAUGGUGAAGGAUAUACAGAAGUACGUGAAAGAGUGUGAUGUGUGUCAGAGGCAUAAGUACUCAACACUGAAACCCGCGGGUUUGCUCCAACCAUUACCCAUCCCUAAUCAGAUUUGGGAAGAUAUCUCCAUGGAUUUCAUUGAAGGACUUCCAAUGUCACAGGGAGUGAAUGUGAUUUUGGUUGUGAUUGAUAGACUGAGCAAAUACGCACACUUCUUGAGGCUUAAACAUCCAUUCACGGUGACUGAUGUGGCUAUUAAGUUCAUUCAAGAGGUGGUGAGACUUCAUGGAUUUUCUCGAUCAAUUGUCUCAGACCGCGAUCGGAUUUUCUUGAGUUCUUUUUGGCGCGAACUCUUUCGCCAGGCGGGUACAUCGUUGAAGUUCAGUACAGCUUUCCAUCCACAGUCUGACGGCCAGACGGAAGUUUUGAAUCGUUGCCUUGAAACCUACCUCCGUUGCUUUGCUUCUUCACAUCCGAAGUCUUGGGGGAAGUUUCUUGCGUGGGCUGAGUUGUCUUACAACACGAACUUUCACACAGCAAUUGGUACAACUCCUUUUCAAGUGGUCUAUGGAAGAACUGUGCCAAGUUUGUUGCGUUUUGAGGAGAAGUCUACGGCAAACUAUGAUGUGGAAGUGAUGUUAAAAGAACGUGAUGAGGUGUUGCAGGACUUAAAGAGUCAUUUGGUGAAAGCGCAGGCACGGAUGAAGAACAAUGCUGAUAAGCAUAGACGUGAGUUAGUGUUUGCGGCGUGUGAUAAAGUGUUUUUGAAACUGAGACCAUAUCGACAACAAUUGGUUUCAAAACGCUUGUAUCAGAAGUUAGCAGCUCGUUUCUAUGGCCCAUUUGAAGUAAUGGAAAGGAUUGGGAGUGUGGCGUAUCGUUUGAAGUUGCCUGAGGGGUCUAAGAUUCAUAACGUGUUUCAUGUUUCUCAGUUGAAACCAGUUUUGGGAUCGAGUCAUCAGGUUUCUGUUCUUCCUGCUUCAUUUGAUCAGAGACCUGAGCUCAUCAUUGAACCGGAAUCAAUACUCGAGACUCGUUAUGAUAAUGGUGGCCAUUUGGAGGCAUUGGUCAGUUGGAAAGAUCUUCCGGAACAUGAGAAGACGUGGGUUCGUGCUUCGGACUUGAUCCAGGAAUUCCCGAACUUGAGGACAAGCUUCGUCUUGACGAGGGGGGUAUUGUUAGGCCACUUAACCGAGCAUUGGAAGGGAGUGGAAUCAGAUGAUUUUAAGAAAUGGGCAUUCAAGUUCAGUUAUCAGCAAGGAGAAGAAGCUAAAGGAAUUAAUGUCGGCACGCCUAGAAAGUUGAGGUAUCAGUUUCAAGCAGAGAAUCAGAUUGACCUUGGUAACAAGUUGUGGAGGUUUGACGAACAGACUUCUUUGAGGAGCAGUUUCUCCUCUAAAUCCACAUGGUGUCACCUAAGAGAAUCAUAUCCUCCUGUGUCGUGGCAUAAAGUGAUCCGGUUUAAGGAGUCUAUCCCUCGCUGCUCAUUCAUAGCUUGGCUGGUUUGUCCUAAGACACUACCUACUAGAGACAGACUCGUUAGACAUUUUCUCUAG